AUGGACGUCUAUGUCCGCAUGACGAGAAAAGUGUUCGAAACGGACAAGACCAUCGCCGGCAUACCGUACAAGCACACGCUGUUCAAGGCGAGUAAGUUGGAAGAGGCGAUUAAGGCGUGUGUGCGGGAGCAUACGGUGUUUGAGGAUGAAGGGAACGAUGGGACGGCAGCGGGUGGAAGGGAGUUCCAAGAUAUAUCGAGUCCGAUCUCGCCUACAAGUGGAGCAAUGAGGAGGUCGAUGAGUGUGCGGAGUGGAAGUACAUAUGCGGUCAACAGUCCGGCGACGAAUAGGACGUCUAUGGUGUCGACUUUAACUCCCGAUGCGGCGUUUUCGAGGAGGGGCAACGAGAAUGCUAGUUUAUAUGAUGGGAGGGAGAAGAGAUGUAAAACAGCCGUCACUGCUGUCUACAAAGGCACGAGCGCCAAGACCGGCUCCGCCAUACUGCUACGAUCCUACGAUUCAAGGAAAGAACCACCGCCAGAAUUUAACUGCACAAUAUGGGAAGCAGGCAGAGCAACCUCCGCAACAGGUCUGGCAUUCAAGCCGAUCAAGAUCGGACAGAGUGUGUUCAUCGACGAAGGUGCCGGCAAAUAUAACCCCAGUCCACAAGUACUAGAAGAGGCUGUCACGAACGAGUGGCCUGGUCGCGAUCUUGGCAUAUUUGUGAGUGUUGGCACAGGCAAGCGACCAUCAGGCACGAAUCAGCAACAACAUGAAUGGUGGGAGGGCUUUGUUGGUGGCACGGUAGGCAGUUUCGCGGAAGCAAGGAGACGGUUGAUAUCCAAGAUCGAAGGGUGCGAAGAUACCCACGUGCAGAUGAUGAAUACAGAGCUGCCGAGACGAGGCAUACCUGCAGACAGCUACUGCAGGCUCAAUGUCGAAGUCGGCGUGGGCGAGUUUGGCAUGAAUGAGUGGGAUAGAUUAUCAGAGAUGACCAUCAGCACGCGGCGGUAUCUCAAGAAGAACGAGACGCAAGGCUUACUUGAGAAUGCUGCUAACAGGAUGGCGAAGAUUGAGCUCACGAAGCGGCGGAUGGAGAGGCAUCAGCGCGCCCCGAGCCAUAACAGUAUCGGUCUAGAGACACCUGGAGGACCAACGCCUGACUACCAGACGCCUGGAGGCUUCAGCGUACCGGAAUCUUAUCCUGGUGCGGUCGAACUGCCAGCGCGUAUGGACUCGGUCGACCUUUAUCCAACUUACAACACUCUCCGGCCAGGCCCAAAUCAGUCACAUUACGGCUCAGACGAGCAUUCGAUGGCAUCAUCAGGUGAAAAAUUCACGGUCAUACCAGAAGGUCCACACUCGCCCAGACUGUCCUCGGAAGUUCCAUAUCGAUCAAGUGACGAGAAAUUCUCAUAUCAACAACCUCCGCCGCCUCAUCAACGGCACCCUAGUCAGGGGUACUAUAACAUAUCAUCGCCUUCAGAGCCACCGCCACGGCCACCGAAAACACCUAUCAAUGACGGGCCACCACCGCAGCAACAGUAUCAGAACAUGCCGAUAAGAUCCAAUUGUGUUUCGAGAUUACCUUACCCAGAUACAGAUGGGCCGCCACCGAUUGUGAAUAAGGCGAGGAAGCCUGAGUACCGGCCGGUCUGA